CGUCAACGAAAACCUGGCGACGCAGACGCUCAUCGACGAGUUCCGUGUGUGUGUCUGUGUGUAUUUCGUUCGAGUUAAAGAGAGAGAGAGGAAGUUUGUUCUAACUUCUGAUUCAGUUCUGCAGGGCGUCGAAGGGCGUCGGUAGUGAAAACAACAGCUCUUGUUUUUCGGGAGUUGGCUCGUUCACUUGUGUGUUCUGUUGGUUUUUCGUUCCAUUCUCCAUGGGUUCGUGAGAGAACCAACCACAGCUGCAACUUGCUUCUGUGAUUUUUUUUUCUUUUUCCCUCCCAGUUUCUAGUGUUUCACAGUAUAAUCAGCUACAUUAUUUCCCUGCUGUUUCGACAUCUGAAAUAUAAUGACGGAGAGGAUCGGACGCGGCUCGCUGGCGGGCGGUGUCGUCACCAGCAAGGCAGCCAAGGGUGAUGGGCAACCCCUGAUUCCGAUGAACCUCUUUGCUGCUUGGGAUGUUGACCGAACACCACCCAGCUGUGUCCCAAGGUUAUGUUCGUUGACCUUGUCUCGCCUGACGAUCCUCAAACCGCUUGGCUCAGACAUCAGUUCCAUUACGUUGGCUGUUAAAAUGCAGAGUUCCAAGCGGACGUUGAGGUCCAAUGAGAUUAUGCUGCCGGCCGGAGGUGGUCUGCUGGACACGGAAUUGGAGCUGCGUUUCGCCCUGCAGUACCCGCACUACCUGAAACAGUGGGAGGCCGGCAAUCGGCUUCAAGUGAUGCUGCAGCGCCGCAAACGCUACAAGAACCGGACGAUCCUCGGCUACAAGACGCUGUGUUCCAGCACCAUCAACAUGGUGGCGGCUGUCCAGCGUCAGAUCGACAUGGAAUUGGAAUUGUACGGAGAGACGUCGAGCACCAGCGGCAAGGAGAGCGUCGCUCCGCUUGCCCGCGUCCAAGUCCAAUCGUUGAGCAGUCAGCCCGUCGAUCACGAAGAAGCGGCCGAGCGUCUCAAGACCCUAUCGCUGGGCGACGGUGCAGUACAAGCGACUGCCGCAACGUUACUCAGCGGUAGUCCUGCUGUGUUGUUGUCGACCACCAAAUCCAGAACCAAUCCCUCCACCCUCUCUCUGUCUCACCCUUUAGUGCUGGAACGCGGAAGCGUCGGAGGAAUGCGGUCUGGAUUCGUCCGCUACGAAGAUGAAGAUGAUGACGAUUUCUCGAGCAACGAGGACGGGGGAUCCGAUUCGGAUCAAACGGCCGGCCUGGUCGUCGGUGCUGGAGGUGGUGCCGGCGUCGUUGGCGUCGGUGGAGUAGUGGGAUCUGGUGUGGACCGACGCAGUGGAAGGAUCAACAAAGCCCUGCUGCAAAAUCGUGGAAAGAUCUUGCCUUCCAAUGCCAGACAAAGGAAUUUGAAGCAGAAAUUUGUCGCCUUGCUCAAACGAUUCAAGAUCACAGAGGAUCUCCAAGGCUUGGAAAAUGAGGCCGAUGAAGACCCGACGAAACUCACUGGAGCCGAUCUUGAAAUGGAUGCCGGGGAUAUCGAGGAUUUAAUCGACGAACUUGAAGAUCUGAGCGAUUCUGGACCUGAAAUGGAUACGUUGAGUGUCACGUCAACUCCGAAACCUUCGUUGAGGCCGUUCUUCGCUUCCAGUCGGUCAUUAUUGGCUCCUGAUCUCAAUUCGAACGCAUCCGCAUUUACGUUCCCGACAACUGGAACUUUCUUCAACGAGAAAGCGGCUGCAACGAUCACAUCGUCGGGUCUCUCCGGUGGUGGCAGACGGUUGGAACGGCAUUACAGCGAUGAGAGUUCCAAACGGGCAGAUUCAGAUUCCACGCACGCCGAUUCCAUGUGGACCGACCAGGAUCGUGAAAGCGACACCCCAACCGCACCAAGCGCCCAUUGCCCGUCCCAUUUCGUAUCGGCAACGAACGAUGAUAAGACCAAGAAUGAAAAAGAGGUGAGGAGAAGUCGAUUGUUCAACCGGGAGCGAUCGGGUCCUUCGUUGUCGUCCAUAUCAUCAGGGAGCUUCGCUCCUUCGCCUUGCUCAGGGACUUCCAACUCGCAGACGCAACAAAAAGAGGCCACCAAAAAGGGCGCUCAAGGCGCCAGCACUAACUUUUCAACUACCACAGUUAAAGAUAAAUCGAAUGAAUCUAGCCCUCGGAAGAUCCUUCUGGAGCAGCUGGUGCGUUGUAUGCCGGCUGACGACGCUCUACCCGAUCACGUCAUCAUGGUCAGUGGAGCGGAUUUGCAAGGAUGUAACCUGGCCGGAAGACUGGCCGAGCGCCAACAACGGGCCGUCUGCACUGGAGGAGUCGCUGACGUCCGCGCCACCAUCGCCUGUCUCGUCUCCAAAAUUCAGAAAUUUUGCAAUUGCAGCGCCAAACCACCGCCACCCAUCAAAGUAGUGCUCAUGGGUCCUGACAGUUAUGUCAACGCCGUCUUGCGUUGCUACGUUGAACAAUUUAGCAGCAAACCGCCUGACUGGAAAAAUUAUCUCAAAUUCUACAUCGUUCCCCUCGUUACUAACAGCGGAUCUUCUGCCGGAAAUAAUAGUAGCGGCAUCGGUACUGGCGGAUCGAACAACACACUUUCGCGCUACCUGGCCUCGCUCGAUCGCUAUUACAACGUCAACUUUGUCUCGGAUUCGUGGCGAGAGGCCCUGGACAGGCCGGCCGAGAAGAUGUUGGCUGCAACGACCAAUGGAAACGACCCGAUGGGGACAUGUUCCACUCCUGGAGUCACCACGCCGUCCAAAAUCGACGUCCAGGAAGUCAUCCACAGGCUCGGCAGGUAUUUGACCAGCAACGGAUGCACCGUCCAGGUCCCCAUCGCCGAGGCCAUGAUCACCUACCGCGAACCAAAUUCAGAGGAGGAAUCGACACAGGUGUUUAUCCCAUUCGUUAGUGAAGUGCGAAUCGGUUUUGCUGAAUCUGCGGCUGCUGUUAUGGCAGCAGCCGCUGCCAUGACACCGGGUUCGGUCGAAAUGGAGGACGGUCAACAGUUGAGCAAUACAGGAGCCACUUCGGGCACAUUAUCCGGUUCACCUCCGCACCAAUCGGCCGGCAUGUUGACUGUCAAUGCCGCCAUUCAACCUGGCAGUUCCAUCGAUAGAGAACAACGGGAUAACAAAGAUCGAACAGGAGGAAGAACAACCCCUCCCAGUUCGCCCAACAUUUCUUCCAUUCACGGCCAGCGUGAAAUGUUCACACCUGGAGCUGAAUCGGUCGAACUUCAAGUGGAUUAUUGGCUGUCGGGAGCAAGCGCCGCAGCUGCAGCCGCCUCGGCGACGGCCCGCGAGAGCAUCGCUUCCGCCGCGGCCAUUAGUCUGGCGACGAUGGCGCAAGCUGUUAAACGGGAAAAACCCGGUCCGGCUGAGCAGAGCAGCGUGAAAUACACGGUCAAAGCUGGUUUCCGCUGGAUUGUCGUCCAACGACUACCCCAUAGCAACGUGUCGUCAUCGGCAACAGCCUCAUCCGGUUCGGAUGCGUCUUCUCUUUUUACGAUGACGUUCGGCCUGAAAGAAAAGAAACAAAAAAUCAUGCGGCUGGGCAAGAAAAAGGAGAAGGAAAAGGAGUCGGAAUCCAAGAGUCAAGUGGUCGAGGGAAUCAACCGGCUCGUGUGCCAGGCCAAGACGCACCAUUCUCUGCUCAAAGUGGUGAUUGAUGGAGUGGAAUGGAACAAUGUCAAGUUCUUCCAGCUGUCGUCCCAGUGGCAGACGCACAUCCGCCACUUCCCUGUCGCCCUUUUUACCGAAUCCGUUUUGUAAAAAAUGGUUAAUACCAACAUUUGAAAGGUUUGGGCGAAUUCUCCUUCUACCCCCACCGUCGUGCUCCUUUUUUAUUUAAGUUUUCCAUUCUAAGGCUUUUGUGUUUUGAAUGUUUUGUUGUUGUACCCUCCACCCCUGAAAUUGUCCCAGCGGCUUUUUUUCUUUGUUGCAUUAUCACAAUCUCUUUCGUGAUUCCGUCAACUCAUCGAGAUGUUUGUCUCGUCUUUUUGUUUCCUUCGUUUAUAAUGAAAUUAAUGUUCUUCUUUCUCCUUAUGGAAACAAAGAAAACAGACAAAGACACUCACUAAUGAAACGGAGAGAGACGGCGCCACAACUAUGUUAUAUUGUUGUACAAUUUGCUUAUUGGAGAGAGAUCAUUCUUAAUCAUGUCUUUGUAAUACGCCUCGUUAUAUUUUUACAUGUUAGAUGGGAAAAGGCGGAGAGGUCCGAUCUCCUAGUCAAUCGCAAAAAAGGGGGAAAAGAAUCUUUUCAAAAAAUCAGCAAAAAUUACAAAAGAAGCCUGGAACGUGAUUUUCUAUUUUUGUGAUGGAAAGUUCGGAUAAUGGGAAGGGGUGAACAAUAGGAAAUUCAAAAGAAACUCAAUUGGGAGCGAAGGCGGAAUGAACCGAAAUCUUUGUGCAUGUCUUUAUUUGUUACGUCUAUGAAUAACGAAUUCCAUGUGCUUUGAUGUCACAAUUUGAUUAUUUACCACACACACACAUACGCAAACACAACGUUGGUUUUUCGUUUUCUUUUAAUGGAAAAGUUAUCGCAUUUGCUGCUGUUGGGAAUAUAAUAUAUUUAAAAAUGAUAAUUAUAAAUUCUAAUAAACGAACAAAAUUGAAACCAUGAAAAAAUAAUAUUAUUUGAAACAGCCAAUGUCAUCUGUCCGUAUGUGUGUGUAAAUGUAAUGCAUCUACUGUUCAAUAUGCUGUGUAAUUAUCUUGACGUUUGGGACGUGAUUAAAAGGAAUUGGAACUUUACAA